AUGAGUGACAGUCAAUUCUGCCAAGUCCACUGGCGGGAUGCCGACCUUGUCAAUGCCGACAUCGACUGGGAACUCGAAGACCUGCCCGACGACAUGAUUGAGGUUCCACUGAACCUGCAGCCUGUUUCUGCAGAGAGCGAACAAGCCGCAUAUGAACAAGAAGAACUGGAGAUGGAACAGAAAUGGACUGAUGCGGAUUUGCCGAUGGCCGUUGACCCGCGAGAGCCUCAACUGGGCGGUGACUUGCCCAUGGUCUGA